AUGUAUAGCUUCACGGGUCAGAGCCAAUAUGGAAGUUAUAAUUCAACAUAUGCAACUUCACCAGCUGCUGCAGUUUAUAAUGCAACGGUGCAGUCGCAGCCGACUCCUCAUACCCCUACACUUGGUGCUGCUGUAGGGGCUACAAAUCCGACUAGUGUCUAUGCCAGUUUUUCAAGUGCAGCAGCUCCAACGGCAUCACCGUAUGCUGCGUAUGCAAAUCCUACUGCUGCAGCAGCGUAUGCGCAAUAUGGACAAACUGCGGCGGCUGUGGCAUCUUUGCAGCAACAACAGCAGCAACAAGUGCAGCAGGUUAACUACAGUAAUUUGCAAUUGCAAGCUGCAGCAGCAACUGGUGUUGUAAGUGCAUCUGCAGCAGCAUAUCCAGGGCAUACUGCAACACGACUGACCGAUUCAUAUAGUACCGUCGGUUCAGUCCCUUCAACAGGCGGUACCUACACUUCAUUAUCAGAGUAUACGAAUACAUUGCGUACAGCUGCAGCGGCAGCUGUCGCUGCUUCGGCUGCGGCAAAUUCAACAAGUAACAAUUCUUACGUAGGUGUUACUCGAAUUGGUACAGCAGUAACCAGUCAGCCGGCUAAUACAUCAUCAGCAACGGGGACGAGCAACUCAAGUAUUUUCCAGAAAUUUUCAACAUCAAAUUACAAUAGCUAUGAUGCAGCAGUAUACGCAGCUGCAAGCAGUUAUCUACAGUCAAAAGCUGCAGGUGCUGCUAAUGUGUGGAUGGGGGCUACGAAGAAAUCAAGCACCACUGGUUAUGACAGUGGUUCAAGUUCGUUUUCCGGCAUCACUUCUUCAAAUAUCGCAAUCACUGGCGGUAGUAGUGGCGGGGUCUCAGGACGAGGUGGAUACACUGGAAAUAGAGGUCGUGGAACCUUCUCAAAUAAACGUUUUGGGCAAGGAAGAUCUGCUGAUAUGCAACAAUUCUAUUGCGAAGUAUGUAAAAUCAGUUGUGCAGGUGCACAGACCUACAAAGAACAUAUGGAUGGACAGAAACAUAAGAAGAAAGAAGCAAUGCAAAAAGGCGAAGGACAGACACUAUCUAAAUCACGUGUGUCAUUUCGUUGUGAAACGUGUAACGUUACUUGCACUGGUAAAGAUACUUAUGAAUCUCACGUGCGCGGAAGUAAACAUCAGAAAACUGCGAAUUUGAUGAAGAAGUUGGGAAAACCAGUUGCUGAAACACCAACAGUGCUUGCUCCUGGUGAGAAGUCGAACAAACCAGGAGUUCCAUCCGGUGGUACUCCAAUUUCAACUGUUGGUGGUCCUGCUGUACCAACGAAACGCGUUAUCGGUGUACCGACCGUCAAAUUUGUUGGUGGUGAGAAGUUGCAAAGUACAGCUCAAGAACUAGCACGAAAAGCUGCAAAUGCCGCUGAAGCAGCAAUCGAAGCGUCGGGCCAAAAAAGUGCUGCUGUUGAGGCUGCUUUGGCUGCUGAAAAAGAGGUUCAGCCGGUUGGAGAAGAUUACGUUGAAGAAGAAAGGAAUGCGUCCGGUAAACUGAUCCAGUACAGUUGCAAACUUUGUGAUUGCAAAUUCAGUGAUCCAAAUGCCAAAAAUAUACACAUCAAAGGGCGCAAACAUCGAUUGCAGUAUAAGAUGAAAGUCAAUCCCAAUUUAGUGGUUGAGGUGAAACCAAACCAAGUUCCACGUGAAAUGCGUAACGAAAUAGCACGUAAGCUGCGUGCACAACGGAUGCAUGUUAUGCCGCCUCGUCCACUAGGUGCUCCGCAGCCGCUGCUCAUGCCAUUAUCAGCUCGUCCAUGGUGUGGAGUUAUGGAUCCUGGAAGACGUAUAGAAACUGUAGAAGAUCGACAUGUCAUGGCUAAACAUCGCUCGAUCUAUCCAGAAGAAUCGCAAUUAACGACUAUUGAAAAACUCGUUUCGGUAACUGAGAAGGCACUAAAGGCUGUUUCGGACAAUUUGGCACAGGAAGAAACAAAGAAGUCCGAUAAUGAAAUAAAAGAGUCACAAGGCGAAGGAAUCGCGUCACAUUCUAUUGAAACACAGCAACCUGAUCGUAUUCUGAAAGGAGUCAUGCGUGUUGGUCUUCUUGCUAAAGGCUUGUUGCUGAAAACUGACAGAGAGGUUCAAUUGGUUGUACUUUGCUCGCAGCCACCAACUCGAACACUGCUAUCAAAAGUAGUAAGAUUGUUGCCACAAGUCAUAGAAAAAGGUGAAAAUGAAGUGGUAACGGUAGUUGAAAAACCAGAUGAAAGCGCGUUAUUGUUGAAACAUUCCAAUUCGGAUAUAAUUUGUCGUAUUGUACUAACAUGUGUUCUACUUCGUGAAGAACAUGCAGCGGGAGAAGGUGAUGGAGCUACGGCAGCGGCAGGCGCGAAAGGUGCACCGCCAAAGGAUCCUCUGCCGAAGGUCCCUUGCCUGGAAGCGUUGGCUGAACUGAGACACGCCAAAUGGUUCCAGGUUAGAUGCUCGAACUUACAGUCUGCUGCAAUAACAUUACGCAUCUUGCGCGAUGUUCGUCAGCGUGUACAAACAUGGCAACCGCUGAAAGCUUGGAUGACAGAAUUGCUGGUGGAGAAGGUUUUAUCAUCUCUUGGUGCUCCGUUGUCUCCUGGUGAUGCUGUCCGUCGCGUUUUUGAAGCUGUUGCGUCUGGUAUUUUAUUCUCAAGUGGACCUGGACUUAUUGAUCCCUGUGAGAAACAAUCAGUUGAUGUGCUUGCGGAACUUACCGGACAACAACGAGAAGAUAUCACAUCCAGUUCACAGCAUGCAUUACGCCUGAUUGCAUUCAAUCAAAUGUAUAAAGUGCUCGCAAUCGACCGUUUACCCGACAUUCGAAAUAGUUAUGGUAGUGGUAAUGCUAGCAACAAUGGAAGCGGAAAUGUUUUAAAUGAUCGCAAGCGUCCGCGUGAUUCUAACGCAAGCCUCGAUGAUGGUGAGGUUGUCGAUAUGAAGAAAGACAAGAAGGAUGAUGCAAAGGGUGAAGAAAAGAAAGUGGCUUGA